ACUUUAGAGCAUCCCCUGGUUCUCUUCUUUUUGUUAUUGAGGUCCUAUAUUUUUGCACAUUUACCUUAAAAUAUUUCUGACAUUUAACAUUCUUUGUAGCCUUUUAUCACUAAAUAGUUGGAGAAGGCCUUACCUUUUUAUAGAUGUAUAGUAAAAACAAAAGACAUGGUUUAAGCCGGAUGUUAUUUUUAUUAAAAUGACCAAAAUGUUCAGUUCAAUGUCCCUCUGUUUAAUCGUAGGAACUGAAGUAUUUGAGUAUCAAAUAGAGGUACAGUUCAUUGGGGGCGGUGAGUAACAGUCCUGAACUGUAAUAAUAAUAAUACAUGACUUAAAUUCACACGCUGGGAGAUGGGCAGUGACUCCAGGUGCACAUGUCCUGUAUUUAUAUCUCGAUGUGCUUUAUCUCGCAUCUUGGAGGCUGAGCCGGUCCAGAGGAGAACAGAGAGUUGGCGCAGGGCACAAUGGCACACACCAUCUGAUGGGAUUAGCCACUUGGAGGACUUUAAAAGGGAAACUUGGACAGAGAGACAAAACCACAAGUGAGAACCAAGCGAAGAUCAUCAGACAGCAUCAGAAAAACACUUCGAAACUCCAACAGAAGAUGUCAGACGAAGGGAACCCUGCGGACAAGAAGGGACCUCCCAAGUUCAAGCAGAGGGCCAUGCGUACCUUCAAGAGCAAGGCGCCUAAACCCGGCCAGAAGGGAUUCGGAGACGACAUCCCCGGCAUGGAGGGUCUGGGCACGGACAUCACCGUGGUCUGUCCCUGGGAGGCCUUCGGGGACAUGGAGCUCAGCGACCUGGCCAAAUACGGCAUCGUUUAGCCCUCCGCCUUUUACCUGUGUUGCCACAACUGUCCCUUCAUGUAACCUGUGACUGUGUACAAAUCUUGAACUAGUGCUCUAAUGAGGACGCACAUACUGCUUAUUUAAUGGUGAGGAACAAAGAGAUCCAGCCUCUCUCUCUCUCUCAUGCACUGUAUCUUCCCUUGCCUUUCCACCAAUUCUACGCCGUCCUCAAAACCAGGUCAGCAGCUGCAGCCCUAAACCCUGAAAAGAAAUCAAAUGAAUUGCAUGGAGUAGAUUUGUUGAAAUAUGUAAAAGUGGGUUUGAUAUCCGUUAUUGUGAUAUCGAAGUGAUGCCUUUUCUGUCCUCUUGCACCCUCGUCCCAUCAAAACUGCGGAUUCAACGUGCAAGUGUUUAUUUUGUUUAUGAGCUAAAAAUAUAUUUUCAUGAUGAAUCUGUAAUUAUUUCAACUCCUUUGGGAAAUAACUGAAUUAUGUUCUGUAAAAUGAAUG